GCAAGAUGGCUAUGCGCUCCUGGACCCCGGACCAGGGGUUUGUCGACAAAAAGUUGGUGCGGCCAGCCUCGGUCUCCACAAGCCUGUCCCUGGAGCGAUGCACUUUCCCCUCUACCUUGGGCUCCUCGGUAGCGGCCAAUGCAUUAGAGCAACUGUUAGUUGUAGAGAAAUCUCUGCAAGGUGACUAUUUCACGUGCAAUGAAGAAGUUAAAACCUUUCUUAAGGACAUUACUGUGGCAGUUAAAAAACUGGAAGAAAUGCGAAAAAACACAAUAGAGCUUCUGGAGAUCGAAAGCAUGGAGCUGAGCAGGCUCUACUUCCUGCUGGAGACUGUGCCCAACAGCAUGCACAAGGAACUGAAAGAGUGUAUCUUGGAAGCUCGCAAACUCAAUAUGUUAGAGAUAAGUCAAGUGAAAGGAAAGAUCGAGAAGACGAAUGAUGAAAUAAAGUUUCUAAACGACAAAAUAUUUGAGCUGAAGACCAUGAAUGAAGCUCUGGGGAUAAAGCAAGAGGAGCUGGCGAAGCAGCAUGCAAAGUUUGUCCUGCUCCUGAACCAAACCUUGGAAGAGAAAGCCGCAGCAACCAUUUAUAUAAAUGACACCUAUACCAGAAUAAAAUUCGAGAAAGAAGAAAUAGGACUUCAAAAACAAUGUCUGCGAGAUGCAAAUGAGUUAAUUGAAAAACAUAAGCAAGAGCAUAGGAAAAAGAAAGAACGUUUGGCUAACCGUAUUAAAGACGCGAAGCAGUCCUGUGAAGACAAGAGAAAAGAGGCAUAUAAUAAGAGGAAAGAAUUGACCAGAUUACAAAAUAAAAUAAUAAAAAUGAAGCUAACAGUUACUACCAAUGCAGUGAUAAUUAAUGACAAAAGCUUAGAAAUAAUGCGGCUACGGGAAACAGCAGAAUUUUGGAAGAAAAAAGUAGAAGACAUGAAGAAGGUUUGUGAAAGUUUGGAGGAAAAACUGUUGUUUUUUCUGACUCACAAGCAACAGAUCGAUAGUGUGUCUUCUGAGAAGAAGAGUGAGUUCAUAUCUAUAAUACAGCAGGUGGCUGAAAAACUACAAAAAAUUCAUAAAGAGAACAAAGAUCUCCGAGAUAGACUGAACACGCUCCUCAAACAGUAUAAGGUUGCGUUGAAGGAAGAGGAAGCUAUGUCUUUGCUGAGACAGAAGAUGGCUGAAGAACAUCAGAAACAGAUGGAGCUUCUUAAUCAGAAAGAAACCUUCCUAACACAAAGAAAACAUGACAUCAAAAACAUGGAAGAAGGAUUUUCAACCCUUCGUAACCUUAAUAUAGCAACACAGGAAGUAUAUCGAAAACAAAUAAAACUCCUGACUGAAAGUCUGGAAAGAGAACUUCAGAGAUGGAUCGUAAAUCAGUGGAGACUACUCUGUUCGAGAAAAAGACAUUCACGUUGGCUACAAAAGACAAAGUUGACCUUGAAAAAAAUCAUAACCGAAAUAGAGAUUGCAGAAGAAAAACGACGUCAAUUGCUCAAAGAGACAAAGCGUAGACAGAAGGAGAUCAGUCAUUUUGUGAACCAAAUCGAGACAAUUAAGGAGCAGCUAGAGGUAGAGGAGAAGGAUUACAUCAAAAAAGAAAAAAAGUUAAUGAAAGAACUAAACAAGUAUGAGGAUCUAGUCAUAAAGGAAGCACAGAUUAACAAAGUAAAAGAGGAGCAGCUAGUUGAAACCCUCCCACGGCUUCAGAUAGCAGAAGACGACUUCCAAGACAAAAGCAAGACACUCAAGUCCCUCCAGAAUGACAUUUCAGCAAAGAAACAGGAGGAGGCUUUGUUGAGCUCCUAUAUUUUCCGCUACAGAAAGGACAUCAUCAGAUGCACGAACAACACGGAGACUGUGAAGCGAGACAUGAGACAUGUACGAACCCAUGAAAGUGAAAAAACCCAAAACCAUUUUGAAGCUCUAAAGAACUUAGAAAAUGAAAUCUAUGUAAAUGACCAAAAGCUGGCCCUUCUCAUCCUGGAAAAUAAAAAAUUAAGAGCUUAUCUUGCCUAUCUGAAGAAACACACCAAAGAAUACGCGGAGAAGCAAAUAGUAACCGUACAGAACUCAGGUGACCUCUCUUGGCAACUGAUAGCUCAGCACUCACAGUAUUCAGAUCUGCUGGCAGAAUUUCAAAUCAAAAUUAAGGAACUGGUGUCCACUGGAGAAGAAACUUUGCAAGAAAUUAAGUCUCUGGCAUCGAGGCUGCGGUACAGGGAUAAGAAGAUCGAGUCCAUUAGCGCCUGGCUCCUCGGGGGAAUCGAAAGGCUGCGCGGUCUUAUGGAAGAGGAGUCACCAUCUAGCCUCAGUAAAGAGGACCUUCAGAAGGACGGAAUGAAGCAAAAGGAGGAAAAAACACUUCGUUUCUCACCGUCCCUGCAUACUAGGAGAGACACAUUAAGCAGGACCUGCAAAAUGAUAAAGAAACGAUCGAGGAGCCCCAAAAACAAGCCGUGAACAAGCAUCUGAACAAGUCUUCAACCAAACUGUCUCUAAACAGGAAGUCUGUUAUAUAAAUUAUGCUUUAUUUUUAUAAUAUUACUAAAACACUGUAUUGGUGAAAAUAAAUAGACAUUGACAAAGA